AUGUCGCAGGUGCAGCAGCCACCCCCGCCACCUGUCGACGAGCCCGCCCCCGAGCCGGAGCAGCCGCAGUUCGCGCCUCUGGAGAAGGGCGAAGAGAUAACACCAGAAGAGGCCGCGCGCCGCGAGAAAGUGCGUGCGGCGGCGAGGGAAAGGCAACGGAAACACCGUGCGCUGGUGAAGCAGAAGAAGUUGAGGGAGCUUGGCCUCGAUAUGGGCAAUGAGCUUCUCCCGGGCAUCGAAGAGGUCCAGUAUCGUCUCAACGCAGAUGGCCAGUACCAGCCAAUUAUUCAUGACAUGCAGCAACACGCACAUGCGCAGCACCCCCAUAUGCACGAACCGCCGUUCCCCCAGGGCCAGCCAUUAGGUGGGCAGACGUUCGCGUCGACCCUGCUCCUGUCCUUCUCCUGCGCGCCUCUCCUCAAGGCGCAUCUCCUUCGCACACUGAACAUGAGCAACGAAGAGCUCGCCUCGCUUGAGCCAAUUAUUGCUCAAGCAUGGGAUCAUUGGGAUCAGCAGCGGCGUAUGCACUACGCGCAACAAAACGCGGCCGCCGCCGCGGCGAACAAACCGGACGGCGGGCAUGUACCAGACGGGUCGGUCUCCCAGUAUACUGCUAUGACCACUCACGCCGUUAACCAAGCGAUCAACGCCGUCAAUCACCAGCAAUAUGUCCAUGAGCCACCACCUGCACAGGGGUCCCCAAACGACUUUCGCGCCCGGUUCCAUCGCCCACUAGUUGCGCCAUCGCCAUUCCGGAUGGGUGCAGACCAGCAGCAGGCGAUGGCGAACACAGCGAGCGCCGCGACGCUCGCGGCGGCCGCGGCCGCGGCAGCAGCAGCAGCAGCAGCGGGACCGUCGCAGGGGGCGGAGCAGAUAGACCCGAACAAUAACUUGGAUCCACAGCUUGGGCAGGCGAGAGAGGAGGCAGUAGGGGUGGCAAAACAACUGGAACGAUCGUAA